GAGGCCGCGCCGGGCCCCUCCCCGCGGGCCAGGCCGCACCGGCGGCCCCGGGCAGGGCAGGGCAGGGCAGGGCGGGGAGGUGCCCGCGGUGUUCGAGGCGGAGCUCGGGGGAGCCGGGCUGGCUGCUGCAGGCGGAGGGCGGGCGGCAGAGAGCCGCCCUCCCUACUUCUGCUGCCGCCGGCCGCAGCCGCCCGCACAGGGACCGCGGGCUGCCGCGUAAAAAUGGCAUUUCAGAAGGCAGUGAAAGGAACUGCUCUCAUUGGAGGAGGUGCCAUAGCAACAGUUUUUGGCCUCUCUCAAUUUUCUCAGUAUAGAAACAAACACGGUGCCUUGGUGGAGGUUCAGGCUGCAGAGGUUGUCCCAGUGAAGAACCAGCUCCCCACGAGAGAACAGCAGAUUUUGGCCCUGCAAACCAACAGUGAAUUUGAUGUCAUUGUCAUAGGAGGAGGAGCAACAGGCUGUGGCUGUGCUCUGGAUGCAGCCACCAGAGGACUAAAAACAGCCCUUCUAGAAAGGUAUGAUUUCUCAUCGGGGACCAGCAGCAGGAGCACUAAAUUGAUCCAUGGUGGGGUGAGGUACCUCCAGAAGGCCAUCAUGAAGUUGGAUUUCGAGCAGUACAGGAUGGUGAAGGAGGCUCUGGAGGAGCGUGCCCACCUGCUGCAGAGCGCCCCGCACCUCUCCGCUCCGCUGCCCAUCAUGCUGCCCAUCUACAAGUGGUGGCAGCUGCCGUACUACUGGAUUGGGAUAAAACUCUAUGACCUGGUGGCAGGAAGCCAGUGCCUGAAGAGAAGUUAUGUCCUCACCAAGUCAAGAGCCUUGGAGCUCUUCCCGAUGCUGCGCAAGGACAAGCUGGUUGGAGCUAUUGUCUACUACGAUGGACAGCACAACGACGCGCGCAUGAACCUGGCCAUCGCCCUCACGGCCGCGCGCUACGGCGCUGCCACCGCCAACUACGCCGAGGUGCGCGGCCUGCUCAAGAGCACGGACCCGGCCAGCGGGAAGCUCCGCGUGUGCGGGGUGCGCUGCAGGGACGUCCUGACCGGGAAGGAAUUUGAUGUCAGAGCCAAGUGUGUUAUCAAUGCUACGGGACCUUUCACAGACUCCGUGCGCAAAAUGGAUGAUGAGGAAGUGCCCAACAUCUGUCAGCCCAGUGCAGGAGUGCACAUCGUGAUGCCUGGUUAUUACAGCCCUGACAACAUGGGGCUGCUGGACCCAGCCACCAGUGAUGGCAGGGUGAUUUUCUUCCUGCCCUGGGAGAAGAUGACGAUCGCAGGGACCACGGACAGCCCCACCGAUGUCACCUCCCACCCCAUCCCCACGGAGGAGGACAUCAACUUCAUCCUGAGCGAAGUGCGCAACUACCUGGGCGCCGACGUGGAAGUGAGAAGAGGAGACGUGCUGGCAGCGUGGAGCGGGAUCCGGCCCCUGGUGACAGACCCCAACUCCAAGGACACGCAGUCGAUCUCGCGCAACCACGUGGUGACCAUCAGCGACAGCGGCCUCGUCACCAUCGCAGGGGGGAAGUGGACAACCUACCGUGCCAUGGCACGGGACACCAUCGAUGCAGCCAUUCAGGAGCACAACCUGAAGGCAGGAUCCAGUAAAACCAUGGGGCUGCGGCUGGAGGGGGGUCAGGACUGGAGCCCCACACUCUACAUUAGGCUGGUCCAAGACUACGGGCUUGAAAGCGAGGUGGCUCAGCACUUGGCUUCCACCUACGGGGACAAGGCUUUUGAGGUGGCCAAAAUAGCCCAAGUCACAGGGAAGAGGUGGCCAAUUGUUGGGAAACGUCUCGUGUCUGAAUUCCCUUACAUCGAAGCUGAGGUGGUGUAUGGAGUGAAGGAGUACGCCCGCACCGCCGUGGACAUCAUCUCCCGCCGCACCCGCCUCGCCUUCCUCAACGUGCAGGCGGCUGAGGAGGCCCUGCCCAGGAUCGUGGACAUCAUGGGCAAAGAACUCAACUGGAGCGAGCAGAAGAAGAAGGAAGAGCUUGAAACUGCAAGAAAAUUUCUCUAUUAUGAAAUGGGCUACAAAGUAAAAACAGAUCAGUUAACAGACAGCUCUGAAAUCAGCCUAGUGCCUUCAGAUAUUGAGAGGUACAAGAAGCGGUUCCACAUGUUUGACAAGGACAAGAAGGGCUUUAUCACCAUCCUGGACGUGCAGCGUGUGCUGGAGAGCAUCAGCGUGCAGAUCGCCGAGAACACCCUGCACGAGAUCCUCAACGAGGUGGACCUCAACAAGAACGGGCAGGUGGAGCUCAACGAGUUCCUGCAGCUGAUGAGUGCCAUCCAGAAGGGCCACGUGUCGGGGAGCAGGCUGGCCGUGCUGAUGAAGAGCGCCGAGGAGAACCUGCGGCGCCGCGCCGCCAUCCCGGUGGACCGGAGCGGGGGCGGUGUGUGAGCCCCCCACCCCCCAUGGCUGCCCGAGGCUGCUGAGAACGUUCCAGAGCUUCUGCCCUCCCCGCUGGCCCCGGUGCCCAGAGCUCUUCCCCAAUACAUUGGUGCAUUCAUCCUCCUCAUUAAUGGUUUUCUUACUCCUCCGGUACGUGGCCUUCGGGUUGGGGGUUCUGCAGUCCCAGGGGUUUCUUAGCAAGAGUUCAGGAACACAGGCUGGGAGGGUUUGGGGGCACACACAAGCACCUACUGCCUUGGUCAUUAACUUUGCACUUUUAUCUUUAAAGCAAAGGAUGCUCAAAGCAAAUCCUGCCAUUAAACGUGUUGAAUUCUCCAAAUACAGACCUGGUAUCUCCAAGCUGCUGCUGUGUCUUCAGCAAAAAGCAAGAGAAGGAGGGCUGGCGUUCCGGAUUGGAGAUAUGAUCCCAAAAGGAACAAAUCUGACCUUUCCUGGGGUGGUGGUGAUGGUGGAGAGCUGUCCUGAGCCUUCCAGGAGGUUGGGUUCGCUCUGUUAUUCCAGUGGUGCCAGUACUUGGCCACACAAAAAUAGCAGCUGGAAAACAAGACAUCUUGAUGAAUCACCCCCAGGCAAUAAUUUGGCUAAAAGCUGAGGACAUCUUCCCUUUCUCCCAUAUUAACACAAAUAACUGCCUUUAAUAAAUGGGCACUGUCUGGCAGGUUGUGCUUUGAGCUGUGAAAUAAAGGUAAAAGGUGCUUUAUGCUAAAAAGUGCUUUGAGUUUGGGACAAACCCUGCUGACAUGUAGGAUAGGGCAGGUUUUGGUAGCACAACAGUCUUAAUUAAAAAAUGCUCAAACACAGAGUGAAAAAAAACAAAGUCUGUCUUGCAUUCCACUAACUUUUCUAGAAAAAAGGGCUAUUUUUCAGCACAUUAAUGGAAAAA